AUGAGUGAUCAGACACCCCGAGGCUAUAGGCCUCUUGCGCCUCGCACCAGGCUACUCGGCGGAUCUGGAGGGGAUGGAGGGGAGGGAGCAGGGAGUCCUGCUGGGGGUGCACCAGAAGAAAAACGAAUGAGGCGAGCAUCGACAGCUUGUACAGAGUGUCAAAAACGUCGGACCAGGUGUACCGGCCCUCCUCAUUGUACCGAAUGCUCAACCCACGGCCGCGAAUGUGUCUUCGAUGAAGCCGCCGACAGACGCCGCAAAGCUUCCGCCAAGAGAAUCCAGGACCAACUGGACCAUUUCCGGUCAUUUGUGGACGACCUCAUCGGACUCAUCCGAGAUAGUGAUGGCCCGACGGUGCAAUUAAUCGUCAAUACCAUACGAUCCGGAGCCACCCCCGGAGAGAUCCGAGAUAUCCUCACCCGUCUCUUGGAAGAUGAUAAUCCAUCCGAUUCCCGCAAUUCAGACGUGCGCGACUCAAACCUGAACCUGAAUAUUACUCCCAACAAUAACAUGGGCAAUUACUUUAACCCCUCGCUAAAUUAG